AGUCCAUCCACCAAUGAUAUAGUUCGCCAUGAGGGGAUACUGUCCUUAAUGAAGUAGUUCCUCCGCGUGCGUCAUGAGAGCGCUUGGAUGCGCCCAACUAUUUAACUCCAGUCAUAUUAUCCUAGUCGAGUUCUUUUUCUUCAAGCAGCAGACGGGCCUUUUUCUUUUCCCCUUCAGUCACUUAGUUGGGACUUGUCAGCAGCUAUAAUGCUCUUCUCCUACCUUCUUGCGACUCUGCCUCUUCUGGCCAACGCCGCCCUCACCUACCGCGGCGCCGAUAUCUCUUCCGUCUUCAUCGAAGAGACGGCCGGCGUUGCCUACAAGAACUUGGCCGGGGAGACCCAGGCUCUGGAAGCUAUCUUGACCGAUAAUGGGGUCAAUUCUAUCCGCCAGCGUGUGUGGGUGAAAAACGGCGACUAUGACCUGACCUACAAUGUCAACCUCGCGAAGCGGGUUGCAGCUACUGGCGCCAGCAUCUACCUAGAUCUCCAUUACAGCGAUGAUUGGGCGGAUCCGAAGCAUCAGACCACCCCGGGAGGCUGGUCCACCGACGACAUCAACACGCUGGCCGACCAGAUCUACCAAUACACGUUGAGCGUGUGCAACACCUUCGCGGAGGAGGAUAUCAAGGUGGAGAUCGUGUCCAUCGGCAACGAGAUCACGUCGGGGCUUCUGUGGCCGCUGGGCCAAACCCCCAACUACGAGAACAUCGCACGGCUGCUGCACUCCGGCGCCUGGGGCGUGAAGGACUCCACGCUGGCGACGAAGCCCAAGAUCCUGAUUCACCUCGACAACGGCUGGGAUUGGGAGCAACAGAAGUACUUCUACGACACCACGCUCGGCACCGGCCUGCUCACGUCCGACGAUUUCGACAUGAUCGGCGUGUCCUACUAUCCCUUCUACAGCGAAAAGGCCACCCUUGCCGCACUGAAGACCAGCCUGACGAACAUCCAGUCCACCUACAGCAAGGAGGUUGCCGUGGUCGAAACCAACUGGCCCGUCAAGUGCUCCAGCCCCGAGUUCGCUUUCCCUUCCGACCUCACGGACAUCCCUUUCUCGGUGGACGGCCAGGUCACCUUCCUGCAACGCUUGUCGGACACCCUGUCGGCUACUAAUGCCGCCGGUUUCUUCUACUGGGAGCCGGCCUGGACCAAGAACGCGGGAUUGGGAUCCAGCUGCGAGGACAAUCUGUUGGUCGAUUAUAACACCAACCAGGUGCGCAGCAGUGUGAAGGCGUUUGGACAGGUCUGAUUUAGUACCUUUUCGGAGGGGUUCCCUUCCCUGUACCAAAACUUAAUUUCCAAUGCGUCCGUGCAUGGAUGUAUGUACAUACAUAUCGUAUAAUUAUAGAACGGUAACCUUGAGGUUGUUGGAAUUAACUCAAUAAUAGAUUGAUGCCAUCAUUCGACGGAAAAAAGAAAGAACCGACAAAGGAUAAAAAAGGAUACCUGCCCACCAGGUGGGGGUGGAGGAGAGAAGAACGAGAAAGGUAGCACCAGCGGUGGCUGUGCAAGAAGGCGGAUUGUGGUUGAGUUCCACUUGAGAAAUCCCAUCAGGCCAUCCCAAUCACUAGCCUCGUUCCCGGGAGGCUCAAAGCGAAAUGAAGAAGCGAAAGGGGGUGGGCAAGCGCAAUCGGUGAGAGUCUGGGAGUCCGUCAGGCUGACUUUCUAUCCCGGAUAUCGCAGUGAUAGUCGCGGUUAAAUCCAAUCAUCGACGUUCCUUGCAGUUAGGCAUAACUCUAGUUGAGAAAUUGUGGGGAGGCCCAUCAGAGAAACGAGAUAUAGUAGUAGUCAUUGAUAGUGGUGGGGAUCCACCGCUGAGUAGACGAGUUCAUUAAAUCUACCCCGUGCUUAGUCGUUUAUUUCGCGCACA